UGAACGAAGACUCCCAAAACGCGAUGCCAACGGUCUGCGAAGUGUGCUACUGCUCCUCCGCUGAGCAGACCUAUCUCGAUAUACUGGGCGAAGAACAGAGUGGCCGGAAUGUGGUGAUGCUGCUAUCGUUGCAUCUGCAGUUUGUGCAACUGGAUGCAAUCGAUAGGCCUCAGAUUUGCAUCGGCUGUUGGAACUCGUUGGAGAGUUUUCAUCAAUUUUAUUGCACGAUCGAGGACCUCCAUCGACCGGCAACGGAUAGCGAGUCCGAAAGUGAAGCCAGCAAUGGGCCGGAUACCGUCAGCUGUGAGCAAAUCCGCAAUCAAAGGCUAGAAAUAACGAACAGGACAUUACUGGAGUUGGAAGCAGAGGCAGAGAAAGGAACGGAUGGAGAUGGAGCAAAAACAUACCGGGUCGAUGUUUUGAGCGAACGAGGAUCCAGCUGCAAUGAGGAGGAACCACAAGAUUCCGAUGCGGACGACGACGAGGUGGUGAAUGAAUACCAAAGCGAUACUGCCACCAACGAUCAAGAGCUCAUCGAAUUCUAUGGCCCACUGAUGUGUAAAUCCUGUGAUAGCGAGCAGUGCAGUACAUUAGACGACUUGAAACGCCACACUCUGGCUGUUCACGGGAAGACGAGGAUCUCGUUGCAGUGUCCAGUGUGUUUGAAAACGCUCCGUUUCCGUUCCAAGUUGCUACAGCAUAUCGAUAUGCACCGGAAUCCGGAGCAGUAUCGUUGUACCAUCUGUGCCGAGGUGCACCAGGAGCUUGAGGCCCACAUUAACGACAGGCACCGGUGGAAACAGUACGCGUGCAAAACGUGCGCAAAGUCCUUUUGCUCAUUGCAUCGCCUACUGCGACACAAACUAAUCGCUCAUGCCCCGAAAAAUGUGGCCUGUACUAUCUGCCAAAGGAUGUACACCAAAUACAGCUUCAAGUAUCAUAUGCGCACCGUCCAUGGAAAGCUGGAGCUGGUGUGCGAACACUGCGGUAAGGUUUACCGGACGAUCGGUUUGCUGAACAAACACAAAGCUCUACAUGAGAAGACAAAGUCUCCGGCAAAGAUGACAAACUGUACGGUAUGCCGGCAAACAAUUCGUCAAUCGUACCUCAACCGGCACAUGGAAGUAAUGCAUUCGGACAGUCCGCCCGUCACAUGCAGCGUGUGUGGUAAUUCGUUUCGGAAUAAGCGUAGCCUUAGCCACCAUCGCACACGGUGCUGCACGGGGAACGUGUUUCGGUGUGCCGUUUGUAGUAGGAACUUUAAAACCCUCGCCAAGCUCAACGAGCACCGGGUAACGCACGUCGAGCGUGCUCGCUGCAUGUGCCCGAUUUGUUUGAGUAAAUUCGAUACCCUUUCGCUGCUGCUGGCGCAUCAGAAGCUGGUGCACCGAUCGUUGAACAGCAAAUAAAUGG